AUGAGCGCCGGGCAGGGCGCGGAGGAGCCGGCGGCGGCGCCGCCGCUGGCCCGGGCGCUCUCGGCGCUCUUCUACGGGACGUGCUCCUUCCUCAUCGUGCUGGUGAACAAGGCGCUGCUGAGCGCCUACAGCUUCCCAUCACCAAUAUUUCUUGGAAUUGGACAGAUGGCAGCCACCAUACUUAUCUUGUAUGUGUCAAAAUUAAAUAAGAUUAUUAAUUUCCCUGAUUUUGACAAAAGUAUACCUGUGAAGUUGUUUCCUCUGCCUCUGAUUUAUGUUGGAAAUCACAUAAGUGGAUUAUCAAGUACCGGCAGACUCAGUUUGCCGAUGUUUACAGUGCUCAGGAAGUUUACCAUUCCACUUACAUUACUGCUGGAAAUCAUCAUACUUGGGAAACGACACCCACUAAGUAUUAUAGUCAGCGUAUUUGCUAUCGUUCUUGGGGCCCUCAUAGCAGCUGGGUCUGAUCUAGCUUUUAAUCUGGAGGGCUACACCUUUGUAUUCCUAAAUGAUAUCUUCACAGCAGCAAAUGGAGUUUACACAAAGCAGAAAAUUGAUCCAAAGGAGCUGGGAAAAUAUGGCGUCCUUUUCUAUAAUGCUUGUUUUAUGGUGGUUCCAACAGUUAUUAUUAGUUUUUCUACUGGAGACUUUCAACAGGCAACAGAUUUCCAGCACUGGACAAAUUUUUUGUUCAUCUUUCAAUUUCUUCUUUCCUGUUUUUUGGGGUUUCUCCUGAUGUAUUCUACUGUUCUGUGCAGUCAUUACAAUUCUGCGCUUACAACAACAGUGGUUGGUGCCAUCAAGAAUAUAUCCAUUGCUUACAUUGGAAUGUUGGUUGGUGGAGAUUACAUAUUCUCCACGUUAAACUUUAUAGGGCUUAAUAUUUGUAUGGCAGGAGGACUGAGAUACUCAUUUUUAACCUUAAGAGGAAACAGCAAGCCUAAGCAACCUGGAGAUGAAGAGAAUGUACUUCUUGAGCCAAAGAGUUAGCAAAAAGGUCUGCCUUGAAAAAGACUGAAGAUGCAAGUUUGUUUAGCUUUGCUGAAAACUUAAGCAAGUGUACACUGGAACAUAUCUGAAGCAAGAAAAAUAUCUACCUCAGUUGCCAUAGAUGUGAACAUAUCUCAUCAGUUCAGAAAUAUUCUUGCAUACUGCUUUUUUUUACAUGGACAAGUUUCAUUUUAGCUGGUUUUACACUACAAGCUAAUUUGCAGGAAGGAACGCCAUGAGCAAUUCUCAAGUUGUGAAUUUCUUCAUUCUUCUAGACUUUGGAGCUAUUUAUACUCUACAAAAUAGUUCUGUUUCAAUUUCCCUCAGUACUUUCUGAGGCAAAACGCUCUAUAAAUAUCCUGAGGCUUGAUUUAUCGUUGCCUUAUACCAUAUGUGGUCUUUGAUAUCAGUGAAGAGAUCAUAGAAUCACAGAAUCAGUAAGGUUGGACAGGACCUCUGGAGAUCAUCUAGUCCAACCUCCCCCACCACCACCACCAUUCAAGCAGGGUCCCCUAAAGCAUGUAAGACAGGGUUGCAUCCAGGCGGGCCUUGAAUAUCUCCAGAGAAGGAGACUCCACCGCCUCUCUGGGCAGUGAAAGGCACUAGCGACUCAGAACGAUUUCGUAUACGUAUUUGCCCAUGUGUGAGGGGCUGCAGAGUGCCGGGGUCGGAGAGGAGCUGCGCCCUGGGGUUGUUCCCUGUGUGUGUUUUGACAGAAGGGCGCAGGAGAUGGUCCUGUGUUUUCUGUAUGCGUUGGGUAGUCAUCCUCAUGAUCCUUUUAGUGUCUUCAGUAACAUCAUGGUCUUCUGCUACAGCUGUCACCGUUGUUAUAAGUGGGUUUUUAUAACUGCUGCAGGAUCAAAGGAAUAAAGAGACAGAGAGAGGCAUUUUAAUGUUUGAAAAGAUAUUUUUUGGUUUUGGGUCUUAGGUUUUUUUGUCUGAGCCAGUAUCAUACGGGUAGUUAGGAGAGGGAACAAAGAUAAAUUUAUUUCUGUUCAGGUACAUUCAUAUUUUCUUAUCAGUCCCUUCCUCUGACAUUUUGUGUAUUUAGUUCUUUAACACUGCGAUGUGACACUACAAUGCACAAAUUACAAAAGGGAAAGUGACUGACGUGUGGAAGACUGACCGUUGUGUUUAGUUGAGGAAGAAGGGCCAGUGUCAUGUCGUGUCUUACAUAUUUAGUGAAAGCUAAUCUGGUACUAUUUUAUGUGCUAAAUUCAGAACAAGGAGUUAUUACAAGUCCAUGGGGUUGCUGCAGUGGGCAAGGCUAAUCUCAUGGUUAAAAAAAACAGAUUUGGCAUCUGGUAGGCUGGAUUAUUUGGGAAGACAACAGUGGCACUGUGCUGUAUCUUUAUUUUCUUUGGUGCAAAUACGGAUGAUUUAUACAUACCUGCAUCCCUGAGGAUAAAGCAUUAGUCUUUGAAAGCACCUUAGAAACAUUGCAUUGCUGGAGGACAGCAGAGUAAUUCAUUUUGCUGAUGGCAAAUGAAAUCAGACAUGAGCCAAGAUUAGUAUUUUUUUUAAUAAACAAAUUAAAAGAAGACUUUGGAAGACUUUGACAUGGAACUAGGUGCGUGUCAUGACUUGUCUUGCCUGAGUUGGGUUAAAUUACAGCAAAAUUUGAAAAAGUUUUAUUCUGUGUGUAACAUGUGAAUGGCUAGACUAGAUUAAAUCUAAGAAGUAUGUGAGUAGCACAUACCAGAAGCUUCAGUGGAAAAACCAGUUUUCAGCAGUCUUAAGUUCUUGAUUUUAUGGCCUCCUGUGGCAAUGAUUUCACAGUACAAUCAUGUAUGCAAAAAGAUUUCAUGUAAUGAUACUGCAUUUCCUUCCCUUUUUUAGCAUUCUUGCAGCAUUACUUUCCUCUCUAGUUACUGAAAAAGGACAGAAGCUCUUAAUCUACUUAGCUCUACCAUUAUUUCAUCUCCUUUUUAUUCAUCAUCUUUCUAAAAUCUACAUCCGUUGUGAAACCUUGUAAAAUAAAACUACAGUACUAGGAGUUACAUUCGUUAAACUGGAUACUUCACAGCUUAGCUACACUGGAAUAAUUUCGUAGUCAUACAUCUACUGAGGUGAAUGUCUUCAUAUUGUCAAGAUCUGAUACAGAAAUCAGUUAUGUGGGUUACAUCUAUUCCUUGCCACAAACCAUUAAAACUCUUUGGAAAAAUAGGCACAGUUGCAUCAUUAUAAUACUCAAACACCCUAUUUGCCUCAUGUUUUUAGAAACAAUUCCUCCUUUGGGGCUGAAUGCUGAAAUCUUAGACUCUGGGAGACGGAGUGGCUGUUUCAGCCCAUAAGGAGAACAACAGAAGCUGUUUGCAAUCCAGGUUUGGAUUUCAAGAGUCCUUCUAUAGACUAGGUAUGUUCAAGCUGAGAUCUGCUCACUACCUUAUAUAACAUAAUUUUAAAACCUCAAACCAAGUUGCUUGCUUGUGAUGACCAUUUAAGCCUAAUCAUCAGUUUCUCUGUGGAAUUGACAUUAGUCAGUGUUAGAGGAUGCUUGCACUAAUUUUGAUGGAUCUGGAUCUGACCCUGUGACAGCAAUAUCCUGAUGUCUCUAUAACCAUAUCUUGGCUGUUUACUAUUUUCACAAGCUGUAUUCCUUAAGGAAAAGAAAAAGGUUGCUUCAGCUUCCUGCCAGUAGAAGUCACUCUGGUUCUGACCAGCCUCAGAGGACGGACCAGGUUCUGGCGGACUGCUGGGCUGCCCGUGGAUUUGAACGGCAAAAGGAGGAGUGACUGCAGAUUAUUAGAAGUGGAAGAUCCUAGAAAUGGAAAACAAGAGUCUGGAUUUUCUGGCUGCCCAUAGCUGGAUAAGAGAUGUGACUUUUUUUUUUUUUUAACUAAUAAGAUAAUGGGAGGAUGAGGGUCUGUAAAUAUUUGGGAGAGAUCUUUGAUUUUAAAAUAUUUCUACUUAAAAGCCUUCAAUAUUUUUGAGUGUAUUCUUUUGUAGGACAUCUCUUUCUCCCAGUGAUUUCUACCUCCAAAAUCUUAAAUAUUGAGCCUCAACCCUCAGUAGUGGGACUAGACAAUAGGAAAGUAGAAAGGUUUUCAUGAAUAGUAAAAGAUUAUCAGAGAGUUUGAUUGCACUUCUUAUGAAUAACCUAAUGGCACCUACUGAAUAAGAAAGAUGUAGUUUCUACAAAGGAACAGCUAGCAAAUGUGUUUUAAUUGAUUAUUAUUUUGCUGUACCUUUUAUAAAUAAAUAGAUACAAAA